CCGGACCGGGUGGGUAAGUUGCCGGCUGGGUCCGUCGGUCCAGCGCUGCCGGGGAAGAGGCUGCCUGGGAGGUCGUACCCCGAGCGGAGGCCGGCGGCGUGUCGGGAGCCAGGGACUCGGAGAGAGCGGCGGAGUCGGGGAGGGGUGGGUGCGCCUGAUGUCCGGGGCCCGCCGGGAGCCCGGUUCCCGUCGCCCUCGGUUGCAGCUUCUGGGCUCGCGUUCGCGUCCCUCUUGUCCCUGGGGAAGGGUCCAGGCUGGUGCUGGGGCGAGCAUGGCAACUAUCAAAAGGAAAUAGGAUCAUGGCAGCAGAUGAUGAAAGUGGUGAUGGAACAAGUUUAUUUGAUGUCUUCUCGGCUUCUCCUCUUAAAAAUAAUGAUGAAGGUUCUCUGGACAUAUACGCUGGGUUGGACAGUGCUGUUUCUGAUAGUUCUUCCAAGUCCUGUGAACCAUCCAGAAAUUGUUUGGAUUUGUAUGAAGAAAUUCUUACUGAAGAAGGAACUGCAAAGGAGGCAACAUAUAAUGAUUUGCAAAUAAAAUAUGGAAAAUGUCAGCUACAAAUGAAAGAACUGAUGAAAAAGUUUAAGGAAAUACAGACACAGAAUUUCAGCUUAAAAACUGAAAACCAGUCUCUUAAGAAGAAUAUUUCAGCACUUAUCAAAACUGCUAGAAUGGAAAUACACCGCAAGGAUGAAGAAAUUAGUAGCCUUCACCAAAGAUUGUCUGAGUUUCCACAUUUUCGAAAUAAUCGUAAAACUGCGAGGACAUCAGAUAUAGUUAAAACAAAAGACUUUACAUCCAGACCUCCCCAUUUGGAUGAUUGUGCAAAAACUGAUCACAAGGCGAAAUGUGAUAUUUCUAAAGAUGGACAUCAUAGCACUUCACUCCCAAACAUCGAAAAGGAAGUAAAACCGCAUUUGGAAAAAAAAAGCACUUUGCAUUUGCCUUCAUCUGUUGAAAAACACUGCACCAAUGGCAUUUGGCCACGUUCCCAUUAUCAGGUUGGUGAGAGUAGCUCAAGUGAGGAUAAUAGAAGAGGGAAGAAAGAUAGUGGAUAUAGCCAUUAUAGUAGAGGAACUGAUAGAAUACGAAAAGACUUAAACACUAGCUGUGGUGAUGGUGAACCAAGGAACUUAGAGGCCAGUCCAAGGCUACAAGGACGUUCUGAGAAAUAUGAUAAAGGUGAAUCAAAGACUGAAAGCAAAAAUUCAAAGUUUAAAAGUAACACAGAUUUGGAUUAUAAAAAUGAACGCUUUGGCUGUUUCUGGAAGAAAGAGACCUUUAGAGAGAGGUCACAUACUCGAGUAGAAUCUCAGAGCGAUAGAAAACUAGAGAGGCAAAGUGAAAGAUCACAAAAUAUAAAUAAAAAAGAACUUAAAUCACAAGACAAAGAAGAAAGAAAAGUUGAUCAAAAACCCAAAUCAGUAGUAAAAGACCAAGAUUAUUGGCGAAGGUCUGAACGAGUAUCAUCUCUUCCUCAUUCUAAGAAUGAAAUAAAAUCUCAUAAUUCAAGUAAAUACCAUCUAGAAGACAAAAGAGACAGGGAAGAUGGUAAAAGAGACCGGGGUGUAAGUCAUCAUAGUUUUCAAGAAGGAAGAUGUUCAUCCUCCCUUUCAGCCAGUAGAACUCACAAACACAUUGACCCCAAGGAAGUUGAUGCUGUGCACCAAAGGGGAAAUACACCUUUAGAAGCAGAAAGGCAUAGAACUGAAGAUAAGAGGAAAAGAGAACAAGAAAGCAAAGAAGAAAACAGGUAUAUGAGAAGUGAAAAAAGAGCAUCUACGGGACAUUUGCAGAAGACUAACAGAGAAACCAAGCAAACCGCUACUGAUUUAAAGAGACAGAAUGGACUGAAAAAUGAUAAAGGUGAAGUCUCUAAUAAUGAUGUUUCUGAAUGCACAGAUAAUAAAGACAUUGCAAUUAAAGCCGAGAGUGGGCCAAAUGAAACAAAAAACAAAGACUUAAAGUUGAGUUUUAUGGAAAAAUUGAACUUAACUCUUUCUCCUGCUAAAAAGCAGCCUAUUCCUCAGAAUAAUCAGCAUAAAAUAACCAAUACUCCCAAAUCCAGUGGCAUAUGUGAUUUAGAGUCCUUGGUACAGGAUAAAACAGUGACAUGUGUUCCCUCUGUGAGUGAACAUAUCACAGAGGAAACCAAAUCAAAAUUAUUGGAACCAGAAGAUGCUCUUGCAACAGCAUCAUCUGAACCCAGGACCAGUAUUCUGGAAAGGAAAACGGAAGAAGAAAAUAGUUUGUUAAUUAAAUCUGUUGAGAAUACUGUGCAGCGUGACUUGCCCAUUUGUGGUACAGAGACUUCUUCAGUGCCUGUGGAAACGGAACCAGCAGAGUCUUUGUUUCCUUCAGCAGCAGAAAUGGAACAAACCAGUAAUUGUACAAGGACAGCAGUACCUGUGGCACUGGACAUACUCCAAACAAAUGUUUCUCAAAACUUUGGCAUGGAAUUGGAUACCAAGAGAAAUGACAGUUUAAAUUUGUGUAGUAUUUCUGAAGUUACGGAAAUGAAGGAGGCUUUUCCAACAAAAGUUGCCAAAUCCAAUGAAAGCAUUUUGCAGCCUUCAAUUGAAAAAGCUGACAUUUUGCCAGUAGUCCUUUCAGAAGUUGGUAAUCCAAAGUUGGAGCCUUCUCUUGUAGAAACACCACUGGUUGAGAGUGAGUCUUGUCAUCUGGAGCCUUGUUUACCUGAAGAGACUCUAAAAUCUUCUCUUCAGCAUACUGAAUUAAUGGACCACAAAAUGGAAAUGGGUGAAACAAACUCAGUAUAUAAUGAUGAGAAUUCGGUUCUGAGCAUUGACCUUAAUCACCUAAGACCAAUUCCAGAAAUCAUUAGUCCUUUGAGUAGUCCAGUGAGACCUGUAGCAAAAGUACUUAGACUGGAAAGCCCAUCUCGAGUUCCAUUAUAUAACAAUCAUAAAGAUGUUUUUCCACCAAAUUCAGCUCAUUCCACCUCCAAGAGUCAGUCUGAUCUCAACAAGGAAAAUCAAAAGCCUAUUUGCAAGUCUGACAAAUUUACAGAGGCAGACUCUCAUAAGAAUUCAUCUUUAGUUGAAUUAGAAGAAGGAGAAAUUAUAAGCGACAGUGAAAACUCUAAACUACAAAAUAGUUUUGAAGAAAUUGCCAAACCUAGAGCUUCUACUGAAGGGCAGAACAGAAAAACUAGUCCAGGAAAUAAGAAAAGUACUGUGCAUUUGGAUAAAGACAAAAGGAAAACAUCUAUGAAAGUUCAGCAGACCAAAAGGAAUUGGAAUAAGAGACAGAGUGAAUCUAGCAGGGCUUCAAAAACAGAGAAAAAAGAUAAGACAAUGAGCACCUCCGUUCUGGAAAAAAUAGUUCCAAUUAUUGCUGUACCUUCUUCUGUACCAGAGGUUAUGCACAUGUUACGAAUGAUAAGAAAACAUGUAAGGAAAAACUACAUGAAAUUCAAGAUUAAAUUUCCAUUAAAACAAUUUCAUAGAAUUAUUGAGUCAGCAAUUUUGAGUUUUACAUCACUCAUUAAACACCUUGACUUAUCCAAAAUCUCUAAGUCAGUGACUACUUUACAGAAGAAUCUUUGUGAUGUUAUAGAAUCCAAACUUAAGCAAGUUAAAAAGAAUGGCAUAGUGGAUAGGUUAUUUGAACAACAACUACCAGAUAUGAAAAAGAAAGCAUGGAAAUUUGUAGAUGAACAACUUGAUCAUUUAUUUACAAAGCUUAAAAAAAUCUUAAUAAAGUUUUGUGGUUUCACAAACUUUGGCAGUGACAGUGAUGAAGGGAAAUUGGACAAAAGUAAAGAAAAACUACAAUAUUCAAAUUGUCAGAAGGGGAAUAUGGUCAACUCCAGGAAAGAAAUGCUGAAAGAGAAAUCCUCAAAAUCAGAAGAUUCUAUUUAUUCCAGGUAUUCACUAGGAUGUAAAAAAUCUGAGGACAAACAUCAAGACCAAAAUAACUCUCAAAUUAACACAUUAAAGAAUGACUUUAAAAAAAGCUUUAACACUUGCUUUGAUAAUAAUAUUAAAUGCCCUCAGUCUGAAGAGCACUCCUUGGAACUGAACUGUCCGAGCACCCCAAAGCCAGGAAAAAUGGAAGGUACCACCAUAGAGGAUACACAGACAUCCCAGCAUGCAGCUUUGAAGCCAGAACGCUGUUUUGAGAUUCUUACUGAACAGCAAGCAUCUAGCCUCACUUUUAAUUUAGUGAGUGAUGCACAGAUGGGUGAGAUAUUUAAAAGUUUGUUGCAAGGUUCUGAUCUUUUGGAAAACAGUGUUAACGGUAAUGAAAAAAGUGAGUGGGAGUUAAAGACUCCAGAGAAACAGCUGUUAGAGAGUCUUAAGUGUGAAUCUAUACCAGCUUGUACAACAGAAGAGCUAGUUUCAGGGGUGGUUUCUCCAUGUCCUAAAAUGAUUAGUGAUGAUAAUUGGUCAUUAUUAUCAUCUGAGAAAGGCCCAUCUCUGUCUUCAGGGCUUUCGUUGCCAGUUCAUCCUGAUGUGUUGGAUGAAAGUUGUAUGUUUGAAGUGUCCACUAACAUAGCUUUAAGUAAAGAUAAUGUAUGCAGUUCAGAAAGGAGCAAGCCCUGCAUUUCUUCCAUCCUGCUUGAAGAUUUAGCAGUAUCUUUAACAGUACCAUCACCUCUGAAGUCAGAUGGUCAUCUCAGUUUUUUAAAGCCUGAAGUUUUGUCUAGUUCAACUCCUGAGGAGGUUAUUAGUGCCCAUUUUAGUGAAGACGCCUUACUUGAGGAAGAGGAUGCAUCGGAACAAGAUAUUCACUUAGCUCUGGAGUCUGAUAAUUCAAGCAGUAAAUCAAGUUGUUCUUCAUCAUGGACAAGUCGGUCUGUUGCUCCAGGCUUUCAGUACCACCCUAAUCUACCCAUGCAUGCUGUCAUAAUGGAAAAGUCCAAUGAUCAUUUCAUUGUGAAAAUACGGCAUGCAGCACCACCUACUCCCUCCAGUCUUCUACAGAAUAUGGUGGCUGGUGAGUCAGUGACAUCUUUGCCCAGAGUGGGAAAGGAAACUGAUGAAGCAGCAGAGAAGGAAUGUAUUUCGUGUCAGAACACAGUUUUUAAAUCUGUGGAAGAAUUGAAACAUUCCAAUGAAAAUGUUGACAGCAGUAAAUCAGCUCACGAAGAACAGGGCUGUAUGAUACAAACACAGGUUCCUGAUAUAUAUGAAUUCCUUAAAGAUGCUUCUGGUAAAGUGGAUCAUAGUAAUGAAGUGGCUGAUCAGUGCUUCAAGUUGCAUCAAGUAUGGGAACCAAAAGUGCCUGAAAGCAUUGCAGGAUUGCCUGCCAUGGAAGAAAUUCCACAUUCUGUCGAGGGUCAUCUUCCAAACACAUAUAUAGACCUCACAAAAGAUCCAGUCACUGAGACUAAAAACUUGGGGGAAUUCAUAGAAGUAGGAGUUUUAAACAUUAAUCAGUUGGGAUGUUCUGGUAGCAAUUUGGAUCAAAGUGCUCAGAUAUUAGACAGUGUGCAGCCUGAUACUGUAGAUGCUUUUAUUGAUUUGACGCAGGGUGUUUCAAAUGAGAGUAAAAGUGAAGAUAACCAUCCUGCUUUAGCUGUUGGACACUUGGGGUGUGAGGUGUUUUGUGUAGAUGAAGGUAACUGUAAGGAAAAAAAGGUGCAAGUGGCAAAUGAAUCUUUGGAAUGCAUGGUUGUGGAAAGCUGUAUUGAUUUGACCUCCGACUCUCCCAGUUCAUGUGAAAUAAAAAAGGAUGAUUUAAAAUCGGAACCGGAAUCAAAUUCUGAUAAUUUAGAGUUGCCUGUGGCUUUGGAUAAUGCUCACAAAAAGAGGAAAAAACUUUCUAAUCUAAAUCAUUCUUGUCAGAAAAAACAGAGAAAGGAAACAGACUUAAUCAGUAAGGAAAGGACCAAGAAAAUUACCCAAAAUUCUGGUGAGAAUGGAGAAGCUCACCAAAAGAAAGCCAGUAAGAAAAAGGCCCCUACAGUGAUGAAAGAUCCCUCAUCAUUAAAGGCAAGCCCCAGGAUUAAGGACCACCCAUCAGCAGCAUCUGGCACUUCUGUAAACCUUUCUGCAAAGAAUAUUAUUAAAAAGAAAGGAGAAAUUGUAGUUUCAUGGACAAGAAAUGAUGACCGGGAAAUUUUAUUGGAGUGUCAGAAAAGCGGGCCGUCAAUAGAAACAUUUUCUUAUGUAGCUGCCAAGUUGAAUAAAAAUUCAUCUCAGGUCUCAGAAAGAUUCCAGCAACUAUUGAAGCUCUUUGAAAAGUCAAAAUGCAGAUAGUUGCUGAAUUCCUUGGAGCCUCAAUUGAUACUGCAUACUACACAGAAGCUUGGAAUUCCUCAUGUUUUAAAUGGGGAUGUAGAGGGCAGUUUUAUGACAUGGAUUACUAGAUUAUCUACAUUUGUUAUUAAUUGCUGACUCUUUACUCUCAAGUCAGCUUGUUCCAGUCAUCAGUAUGAUUUGCUUGUCUCUUAUUAGUCAAGAAACUUAUUUUUAAACAGGUUACAAUUUGUUAUUAAGAUAAAAGCAACAACAAUAUAAUAUUGAAACCUUAAUUUUGAUAUUUCAAAAAAAUGAGUUUUUUUUCUAGAUUUUUAAAAAUAGUUUUGUAGCAUUUUUAAAUUAACCAUUAAUUAGUUUGUUUUCAUAUAUUUUUAUUUGCUUUUCUAAUGACCUCUCAUUUUGGUAAAUUGUAAAGUAAUUUAAAUAGUGUAUCUGUAAAUAUGUAUACUUAAAAUGAUGUAAAAUACUUUGUGUGUGUGUAUCUGUGUUUGUGUGUAUAUACACUUAGAAGGCUUAGCCUAGCCAAGGAAUUUUUUUUUUAUCUGUAUAAAAUUUUUGUACAAAGGUUGCUUUCAAUACCAGUAAUGUAUAAAUAAAACCAUGUAAAGUUCUGUUAUAUUUUGAUUAGAAUGUUGUUUUUUAA